UCAAUUUAGGCGCCAAAAACAAGAAACGUUUCUUCAUGCAGAAUUUUGUGAGAAUUUUUGCUUGAAAAAUGUACAUCAAGCAGGUCACUAUCGAUGGGUUCAAGUCGUACGCACAACGCACUGUUAUUUCUGGCUUUGAUCCUUUAUUUAACGCCAUAACUGGGCUGAAUGGGAGCGGGAAGUCCAACAUUUUAGACUCGAUCUGUUUUCUUCUUGGAAUUACAAAUCUCUCGCAUGUGAGAGCUGGCUCAUUACAAGAGCUAGUGUACAAAGGAGGCCAAGCUGGUGUUUCCAAAGCCACUGUCACUAUAACAUUUGAYAAUUCAGACAAGAAGCAAAGCCCUGUGGGAUAUGACAGCUUUGAUGAAAUAACUGUCUCUAGACAGGUUGUUAUUGGGGGUAGAAACAAAUAUCUUAUCAAUGGAUGCAAUGCAAAUAAUCAACGUGUCCAGGAUUUGUUUCGUAGUGUUCAACUUAACAUCAAUAAUCCACAUUUUCUAAUCAUGCAGGGAAGAAUCACAAAAGURCUGAAUAUGAAGCCUCCAGAGAUAUUAUCCAUGAUUGAAGAGGCAGCAGGCACACAAAUGUACGAAUCAAAGAAGCUGUCAGCCAUGAGAACUAUCGAGAAGAAGGAAAACAAACUACAAGAGAUAGAAACUAUUUUGAAGGAAGAGAUAACACCAACUUUGAAAAAACUUAAAGAGGAAAGAGCUGAUGCCCUUGAAUACCAAAAAGUAAUGAGAGAAUUGGAGCACUCCACCAGAAUCUAUGUUGCUUAUCAGUUUUCUACAGCUGAGGAAUUGAGCACGAAAUCUGGCAAAGUCCAAGAGGAGGAACAGGAGAAAAAAGCUGAGAAGAUUAAACAGAUGGAUGAGAGAGAAAAGAAAAUCAAAGAWAUAGAUGCUGAAAUAGAAGAACUAGAGAAGAAAAGAAGUGGUGAAUCAGGAGCAACCCUGAAAAACCUAGAAAAUAAACUGGAUGAAGCCUCUAAGAUUGAUGUUAAGGCUAUUUCAGACCUAAAACACGCCAGGGAAUCUUUGACUACUGAGAAAAGAAAGAAAAAAGAUAUAGAAAAAUCAAGAAGUGAUGAUCAAAAGCAUUUYACAAUGAAAGAAAAAGAAGUUGAGAAACUCUACAACAUGCUUAAAAAAUUGGAAGAAGGAAGUAAGAAAGAUGAGGAAUCUGUGMGACUUGCCCAAGAGAAACUUCAUGCUGUGUCUGCUGGUCUAACUACCACAAACAACCAGACUCUUGCUGACCAAAUUAUGAGCUCCAAGGAGAAAAGAAAACCCMUACUUUCCAAGUUUGAUGAAUUAAUUCAAGCACAAAAUGAGAUCAAGAACAUAGAGAAUAAACUGCAGAAAUUAAAGCAAGAGAUUGAAAACUGCAAAAAUGUGGCAGUAAAAUACCAACAACUCAAAGAGCAGUAUGACCUGAAGGUCCAUGAGGCUGAGCUUGCACAAGAAAGACUGAAGCAGACUUCCCAUCACCAACAGCUAGAAGAAGUCAAAGCUUUGGAAAACACUGUUGAGGAACAACAGCAAGUGAUCAACAAAGCCAAACAAACAAUAACUGAAGCCACAGAAAAGUAUAAAGACUUGGAGGAGAAAAUGAAGGAAGCCAAGUCAUACAGAGAAAAGGAAUUGAAGAGGGCUGAAGAUGAYCUCAACAAAGCUAAAAAGAAGACAGAACAAAGUGUGAAAGAAACCAAAGCCAAACAACAGGAAGUUGAAGGACUAAAACUUGAAAUGGAAGAAAUUACCAAAGAAUCCAMCAAUAUCGAAGACCAGUUGAAAAAACUUGAGGAGUCWAUUGCAAAGAUCGAAGAGAAGGURCAAGAGGCUGAAGAGAAGGCCAAGCUAACCAAGCAAAAUGUAAAAGAAACAGAACAAGAGUUGAACAAGCACAAAGAAGCACUUCAUGUCUUUGAAAAGGCUAUCAGCACCAAAGCAUCUGCUAAGCAUGGACUUCAGUCAGAGAACCAUAAAAUAGAGCUAGAAAUAAAGGACAUAAUUCACAACAUUGACAAACUAAAGAAACAGAGUGGAGAAGCUUCACAAAAGGUGGAGAGUAUGCUACAAAAGUAUGAAUGGAUUCAAAAUGAAAGGCGUUUUUUUGGCAAGCCAAACACAGCAUAUGACUUUGCAGCCAAUGACAUGAAAGACAUAAGUAAACGACUUGGAAAGCUACAGGAAACUAAAGAAAAACUUGCCAAGAAAGUCAAUAUGCGAGCAAUGAAUAUGUUGGAAAAGGCAGAAGAAAAGUAUAAUGACUUAAUGAAGAAGAAAAGGAUUGUAUUGAAUGAUAAAGACAAGAUUGCAGCUGUCAUUAAAGAACUCGAUGAGAAAAAGAAUGAGGCAUUGAGGAAUGCUUGGGUUAAAGUCAACAGGGAUUUUGGUUCGAUAUUUUCCACUCUUCUUCCUGGUGCWACAGCYAAACUUGCUCCACCAGARGGUCAAACAGAGCUUGACGGUCUUGAAGUCAAGGUUGGAUUUGGRACUGUUUGGAAAGAAAGUCUCAGUGAACUUAGCGGUGGUCAACGGUCUUUAGUCGCACUUUCCCUAAUCCUGUCUCUCCUGCUUUUCAAACCUGCUCCUCUGUACAUCCUUGAUGAAGUGGAUGCCGCCCUUGACCUUUCUCACACGCAAAAUAUUGGGUCUAUGUUGAGAACUCACUUCAGGCACUCUCAGUUCAUCGUGGUCUCUCUGAAGGACGGCAUGUUCAACAACGCCAACGUACUUUUCAAGACAAAGUUCGUUGAUGGUGUCUCAACGGUUACACGUUACGCCACUCAAAGAAAAUAAAUAUCGAAAAUAUGUAAAAAAAAAAAACAGAAUUUCUGUGGUGAAAUUGGACAUUAAUUUUGAAAUGACAAAAAUAAUGUUUACACCAUUUACCUAUGAAGAUUCUCUGAAAGUAAAUCACAGUUUGGUAGUAGGUGGUGUGAUUUUAUAUAUCACUCUGCUGGGCCCCUCUUUGAUACAGGAAGGCCCAGCAGCAAGAAUGAGCCAUCAACUGAUCAGGUAGAAGUGUAAUGGAGUGAUCUUCUGUAGGCAKAGAUCAAUAUUACAGUCAACUCUCGCCUUACGGACACCCCGCUACGACGGACACCUCGAUAUUGGGGACAGCAAAAUACUGAAUCCCCGGCAAAAUAUACAAAGAAAUGACUGACUUACUACGGACUCUCGCUACUGCGGACACUAAAUUACGGUCCCGACGGUGUCCGUAAUAGCGAGAGUUGACUGUACAAUGUUACUACUAUUGUCAUUGUAUUUUGGUAAUGAUUUUUAAGAAAAUAUUUUUGUACAUAUAUUAUUGUAUUUAGCUCUUUCUUUCAUAUGUAAAUGGACCCAUAUAAAUGUAGGUAUUUUUGUAAUCGUGUGAUGUCAAAGUAUCUGMGUUUAGAGGGCAAAGCAAGUACAUUUCAUGGUAACAUUGUAACCCAGUACAACCUGCCUCAUGGACGGGUCGUCGGCGUCUAAACCGGCUACCCCACCAGUCUAACUGGUGAGGAGGGUGGCAUGUACACCCAGCAGGACUAAAAACAA